UUUAGUAAACCGGGCAUAAAGUCAAAGAUCAGCCAUGGAUUAGAUAGGAGGGGGAAGAAAAGCCUCCACAUUAUUUGAGCUAAAUGAUGUUGGAACUCUCCUUUCUUACCUUGUUUCUCACUUCCAUUUCAGUCGUCAUCUUCAUUAGCUUCUUCCGCUCCACUUCUCAUCCUCCAAGCAAAACCCCAUGUCCAGAAACUUACCCUAUAAUAGGAAUCCUCCCCGGCCUCCUCCGCAACCGCCACCGCUUCCACGACUGGGUCGCUGACAUGCUCUCCACAACCCCAUCAUCGACUCUCCAAGUCAACAACUUUCUCAACCUCUCCCAUAUCAUCUGCACUGCCAACCCUGUCAAUUUAGAGCACCUCCUUGUCACCAACUUCUCCAACUAUAUCAAAGGUCAUCGUUAUCUUGACUAUCUCCAAGAACUCCUUGGCCAUGGAAUCUUUAACGUUGAUGGUCACCUCUGGACUGUACAACGUAAGAUUGCUAGCCAUGAAUUCAACACUAAAUCUCUCAAACACUUCGUAUCAGAUAUAGUCAAAUCUGAACUGUCCAACAGUCUCAUGCCAGACUUAUUCAAAGCAUGUGAUCACAACUUGAUCAUCGAUAUGCAAGAAGUGUUGCAAAAGUUCACUUUCACUAACAUAUGCAAAGUUGCUUUUGGGGUUGACCCUGAAUCUAUGUCAAAUUUAACUUUUGUUGAGGCUUUUGAUGAUGCUGUGGAAAUUGGGUUUUCAAGAUUUAUGGCUCCAUUUCCUGCGUUAUGGAAGCUUCAAAGAUCCUUGAAAAUAGGAUCAGAGAAGAGACUUAAAGAAGCUGUUAAAGUGAUUAAUGAGUUUGCUUUGGCAGUAAUAAAAUCGAGGCAAGAACAAGAUGGCGGCAAGAAUCAAGAUUUGCUGUCAAGAUUUAUGUUGUUGAGUUCUGACAUGGAAUUUCAAGAUCAAGAACAUAAAAGGAAGUUCUUGAGAGACAUAAUCAUAAGCUUUGUGCUUGCUGGCAAGGACUCAACUUCAACAGCUUUAACAUGGUUUUUUUGGUUAAUUGCUGGCAACCCUCAUUGUGGGUCUUUGAUUUACAAUGAAAUAUCAUCGGCCUCCCCGCUGCCUGCGAGAGAUUCAAGGGGAAGGAUUUUUAGCUACGAAGAGUUGAAGAAUUUUCACUAUUUGCACGCUGCUCUAUCAGAGUCAAUGAGGUUGUUUCCACCUGUACCAAUCAAUUCAAGAUCAACGGUGGAAGAUGAUAUAUUACCAGAUGGAACCUAUGUUAGGAAAGGGUGGUUUGCUGAUUAUUCUGCUUAUGCAAUGGGUAGGAUGGAGAAAGUGUGGGGUCAGGAUUGCAGGGAGUUUAAGCCUGAGAGGUGGUUAGAUAGUGAUGGAGUGUAUCAACCGUUUGAUCAAUUUAGAUAUCCUGUGUUUCAUUGCGGUCCCAGGAUGUGUUUGGGGAAGCAAAUGGCUUAUAUCCAAAUGAAGGCAAUAGCUGCAGCUGUGAUGCAUGAGUUUGAGAUCAUGCCUGUUGAUGGAGGCGCCACUGCAAAUAAAAUGAUGAACCCACCUUACAAAUUAACCAUGGUUCUCAAGAUGAGAGGGGGCUUGCCUGUUAGACUGAAGAGGAGAGUGACAGCUCAACAAUGAAUCACAAGUCAAAAAACGAGAUUAACGAGCAACAGGUUGCCUGAUUUGUAGCUCAUGAUUUUGAUUUGCACUUAAUAAAUUGUUCUGUCUAUGCUAAGAUUUCUUGGGAGGUGUAAUCAACUAUUUGUUUCUGCA